AUGUCAAAUACCGCUGUGUCAGCCGUGUAUAAUGAGGUUAUUAAGGAUGUUAUUGAGAAUGUAAAGAAAGACUUUGAGGAGAUGGGAGUUGAUGAGUCUAUACUGGAAGAACUUAGACGAGUAUGUGUUCUUGUGUAUUUUCAGCCUGGGGUCCUUUAUUGGAAUACCCGUAGUUGUGAUAAUUUUUGUCCAUAUACUGCUGAUUCAUCUUCUGACACAAAUCCAGCUUAUAAUGGUGUACACAAGAUACAGAAGAAUUCGGCAGAUUAUGAGAUAGCAGCAAAUUUAGCAACACUUGCUGGUGGUCAAAUGAUGAAUUCAGACGGUGGUAAUGGUAGAGGAAAACCUUAUCCAUACCUAAUAUCGAGUCCGAAUAAUAGUAACAAUAUUAAUAAUGGACAUCAUUAUGUUUCGACAACUAUCACUGACACUACUGCUGCUUUGGGAAUGUCUAAUGCCAGUCAAACAGUUACGACUGUGGACCAAAAGAUGUUUAUGGAACAAAAAGUUCACAUUGACAAAAAGAUUCAUUACCAGCAGCAGGAGGAAACGUAUGUGAGACAAGCUGCCGAAGAAGAACGAAAAAAACAAGAAAAAGAGCGACAAUCGCGACAAAUUGCACCUCGUGGUGCCGCUCCUCUCAAUUACCCUAUGAAUAAUCACAUGACACCUGCUCAUCUAACAGUUCAGCAGCAGCAACAAUCCACACCGCCUAUUCCAACAGCUACAACGACAACAACUCAUGCAUUGCCAGUAGAUCAGUCGGUUGAGCCGGCUGCAAAGAAACGGAAGGUUUUUCGAGACGACGAUCUAAUUAAUUCUGAUCUUGAUGACACGGACGAGGAAGAGGUGGAUGCUGAUGGCGAGGAGACAUCGAAUAUCAUUUUAUGUUUGUACGAUAAGGUUACUCGUACAAAGAAUAAAUGGAAAUGUCAGUUGAAAGAUGGAAUCAUGUCUGUCGAUGGAAAAGAUUAUCUUUUUCAUAAGGGUAACGGGGAUUUUGAAUUCUAA